GGGUAGUCAAAUAUAAGACUUACAAGCUGCUGAUCAUUAACCCAUUUGUUGUGAGGACCUUGUUUAUUGUUCUUGAUUUUUUCAGGAAACGCGAUAUUAGGCAAUAUAUCUCCAUUUUAAGGAGUUUUUUACUUGGAUUUUUUUCUUCAGCUCCACUUCUGAAAACAGCUUUAAAAUUGAAAUGUCUUCUAGUAAGGACAUAACUAAUAAUGAACUUAUUGAUAUCAUUAGUGAAAAAAUGCCAUCAACUACUAUGUUUAAAAAUAACCACAAAUUACGAUCAAUAUCUACUUAUCCUUCAGAUACCUCAUCUUGUAGUAGUUCGGCUUGUGUUUCAGAAGAUGACGAUAGUGGUACACCAGUAAGAAGUAAAAAUCAGCAAAAUAGCUUAGGAUUCAGUGAUUUUUGUGUUAAAGAUUUGCGUCUUCAUGGGUAUGGUAGAAGGGAAAUUGAUCUUGCUGAACAAGAAAUGUUAGGAUUAAUUGCUUUAAAAAAACAAACAUUUCAUAGUAAACCUUUAUCAGGUGCUCGAAUUGUAGGAUGUACUCCCAUUACAGCUCCUACUGCUGUAUUAAUAGAAACGCUGAAUGCUCUGGGAGCAGAAUUGCGUUGGUGUGCAUGUAAUAUUUAUUCCACUCAAAAUGAAGUUGCAGCUGCAUUAGCUGAAGUAGGAUUUUCAAUUUAUGCAUGGAGAGGAGAGACUGUAGAAGAUUUUUGGUACUGUAUAGAAAGAUGUUUUAGUAAUAAAGACUGGAUACCCAAUAUGAUCAUGGAUGAUGGUGGUGAUGCUACUCACUUUUGUCAAUCAAAAUACCCUGAAGUGUUUAAAAAUUUAAUUGGAAUUGUAGAAGAAAGUGCAACUGGAAUUCAUCGUCUUUAUAAGUUACUUCAUGGGGAAAAACUUACUACUCCUGCAAUUAAUAUUCAAGGAUGUGUUACUAAAAGACAGUUUGACACACGCUAUAGCUGUAGAGAAUCUGUUAUUGUUAGUUUAAAAAAAUGUUUGACUGAUUUAAUGUUUGGUGGAAAACAAAUAGUUUUAUGUGGCUAUGGGGAGGUUGGAAAAGGUUGUUGUCAAUCAUUGAAAUCACUUGGAUGUACUAUUUAUGUUACAGAAAUAGAUCCUAUUUGUGCUUUACAAGCUUGUAUGGAUGGAUUUCGUGUAGUUAAAUUAAAUGAAGUUAUUAGACAAGUAGAUAUUGUAAUUGCUGCGACAGGCAAUAAAAAUGUUGUUACUCGAGAACACAUGGAUAAAAUGAAAAAUAUGAGUAUUGUUUGUUGCAUGUCUUCAUGUCAUAAUGAAAUUGAUGUAAAAUCUUUAAAAAGUGAAGAACUUAAAUGGGAAAGAAUACGAUCAAAUGUAGAUCAUGUACAUUGGCCAGAUGGUAAAACUAUUGUCCUUUUAGCUGGUGGACAUCAUGUUCAGCAUUCAUGUUCUAGUGUACCAUCUUUUGUGACUUCCAUAACUGCAACAACACAAGUAUUAGCUCUAAUGGAGUUGUAUAAGAGUGUUAAUACUAAUAGUCAAUACAAAAAUGGUGUUGAUAUUUACAUGUUGCCAAAAAAAAUGGAUGAGUAUGUUGCAAACUUACAUUUACAAGUAUUUGAUGCACAUCUAACUGAACUUACGGAUGAACAAUGUAAAUAUAGCGGUUUGCCAAAACAUGGUCCUUUUAAAUCUAAUCACUAUCGAUAUUAGUGUUGAUUGUAAAAAAAAAAAAAACAAA